UUGGAUCCGCGGAUCGUUUCAGAUUGGAAUCAUCUCCACGGGAUUCUUGCCUUGUGACGCAAGUGCCCUAAUGUUUAAAAAGUUCUUAUUCGAUUUUGAUCAAAAGAAAACUACUGUACCGGAACGGUUAAAAAAAAAGUUGAAAUGAUUUUAACUUUUUUUUCGAUCCGUUUCGAUCCGUCGCGGAUCAGUCAUGUGACCAUUUUUGCAUCCAAAGCGCUUGCGCAACACAAAAUCUGAUCCGAUCCGCGGAUCAUUUUCCGGAGUGGGUUUUCGGCUUGACGCAGUGUAAUUUAGUUUCACAGUAAGAGCAAUGCUUUUAUGUGUCAAGCAAGGAAUUAGGCAUAAAGAUCAUUUGGCUACCGCAUCUUUAGGCCUUUAGAACAAAUCAUACAAGGAAAUUUUGUGACCAGUUCGCGUACAUGCAACCAUGUAAUUCUUAUCCAAGGGAUCGUCGGAUAAAUUUACUCGCGGAGCCAUGAUGCAUUCUUCAAGAAGAUGCUUAUUGGCAAGGAAAGGUAAAUGUACUAAGAAGAACUGUUUAGCUCGCCAAGCAAUAUUGGAAAAUCUUUUCAAAUCUUGUGCAUUGGCACUUGUGCAUCAAACUUUGAAUGGAAGGCAAGGAUCACACAGAACGCCAUGCGGGGCGAAUGACGGAAAUUCAAGUGGGGGCAAUGGCAUCUCAACCAACAGAAGAGGUAGGGGCUAUUCACGUACUGGUUGCAACCGUUCAAACGACAGAAGUAAAUUGAGUGAAAUGAAAAGACGAAAGAUGCACAAGCCUCCUGAAGAUGAAGAGCCAAGGGUAAAAAUAUACCUUGCAAAGUAUGUCAAUUCACUUAUUGCGGCAAAAAUUCCUUUAAAGCGUGCAUUAACUUUACAUUACGACGUGCCAAAAAUCUGUAGACACUACCUUGGUAGAAAUGAUGUUACCAACGCCGAAAUAUUAGCGAUCUGGAGAUAUCAUAAACGAAAUUAUCGACUCAUUUCAUAUAAGUACAAAAAGAUUGUAGGAAAUGUAAUGUGUGCUGAAAAGUUCGUGGAGGCAGCAAAUGAUUUGGUUGAAAAAGUUCACUCCUCGUUAACAUCAGCAGUAUCCAGAGAGCCUUCAGUAGAAGAGACAAAUAGCAAUGUUACCUCUGAGAAAGUUGCCAAUGCCGAUGCUAGGGGUAAAGAGAGGGAGGCAGACCAUUCAUUUGAUCAGUUGGAUUGUGAUAAAGGUGAAUCCUUAUUGCCUAUUACAGAGAUAAAGAAAGGUCAGGAAAUAGGUACGGAUGCCGAAAGGGAUUGCUUCGAAGAUUUUGGACUGUCGGAAAAAUUAGCCAGCUUACUUACUGGUAGUGAUAUUACUGGUAGGAAAGAGUUCAAAAAGAAGAUGGAUGGUGUGAAAAGAGUCAUGCCCUUAGACCCUGUAUGGAGAAAUCUUGAGAUCAAAACAUUAAAGGGUGGGAGUCGUCGUUUCGCGGGUGAGUGGACUGCAUUCUUUAGCAAAAUGAUCGAAAAAUUCAAUCCAUUCUGUGUGUUUGCAUUCAAGCAUAACCACAUAAAAAACGAAGCUUCGAGAAAAAAGAAAAGCCCGUUUUUCAAAGCAAGUGGAUUUUGUACCAUUAAAAAAUGCAAAUGUAAUGUUCUGCUUUGCAUUGAGAGCGAGCACAGUAAGGACAUAAAUAUAGAUUUUCGAGGGGAUGCAGUCCAUGAUGCAUCCAAUUUACGUGCCCGAAGAAUGACUGGAACAGAAAGAAAUAAUCUGAAAGAUGUAUUCAGAGAAACGUCCUCGAAACCAUCUGGGUUAUACAGACAAAAGCUUAAAGAAAUAACGGCAGACGCUUACUCUGCUGGCAAUAGGUCAGGGUGCGGAGUGUCUGCAAAGGCAUUUCAACAUAUAUCAGCUGAGGCCAAGGCAUUGGAAAGUGAUGCCAGCAUUGUAGCUGAGAAAAUACGGGCUUCUGACAAAAAAAUAAGAGAUUAUAAUAGAGUACACUUCAAGUCCAUGAUGGAAAAACAGACAAUAUUGGGCUUUGUGCAAUCAAAUGACGUAACGAAUGACAGUUUGUGUGUUGUUCUGUUUGAUGAAGGUAGUGUUAGACUUUUUCGUCAUGUCUGCUCAAAAGACGUGUUGUUUUUUGAUGCAACUGGAACAAUAAUAAAACCGAUCAAAGGAUUUAAUAGGAUCCUUUUAUAUUCCUUAACAACUAGAGAUCCGUUUGGAAAUUCACCACCAAUACCUGUGGCUGAACUUAUUUCCUCCACGCAUACAGCAAGCUCAAUUCAACGAUUAUUUGCAUUGCUUCGGGCGAAGGAAAAAUCUUUGUAUGGCAAUAACAUUCAACCAUUCGCAAUUAGAACAGACUUUAGUAGUGCAGUCAUCUCCUCCUGCUUACUAGAGUUCAACUAUGGUAUGACUGUUGAAAGUUACGUGAACCAAUGUUACGAUAUGUUGCAAGGAAAAUGCGCCAAUAUAAGCAUAACGCUUGUUUUAAUAUGCGCAGCCCACAUUUCAAAAUCAAGUGCGAAGUUUGUGGAGAGACAUGCAGGGAAAAGAAUUACUUCAGACAAUUUGCCAUCAGUGAAACAUCUUGUGAUGAGAAUAAUCGGUUUGUUGACAAACAUUGAAACGAUGGAAGAUGCUACCGACAUAAUAAAAUUAGCUUACAUUGCAUUUAUGUCAGAAUUUACUGACCCAAAUGUACAAGAUGCUCUUGACAAUUUAUCAAGAAUAGUGAACGAAUUCAGAAUGAAUACCAAAGAAAAUGCUAUUACAGAUAAUGAUAACGAAGCUGAUUGUAUUGUAGUUGCAUCAAAGUCAUCUAAUAAAUUCAAGAAACAUAUAGAGCGACACUUACAAGCCAUUGAUCUACCGAUCGACGUCUUUGAAACAAGAAACAAGUAUUUCUUUCCGGAGUAUAUGGACUACUUUCAGUCGGUUCUGGUACCAUAUCUCCCAUUAUGGACCAGAAUCAUGCUUUCUUUAGAAAGAAGCCCAGUCAUGAAGAGCCAUUCAACCACUGGAAAAAGCCUUGUUGGAAAGAGGAUGUUUGACGUUGGAAAUACCAACGCAUAUGCCGAAAAUUAUUUUGCUUUUAUAAAGCAAAGCUUUUCAUGCUCAUCGGUACCGAUUGACGAAUUUAUCUAUAAACACUUUCAAAAUGUUUGUGGUCUUAGGCGGCAGUUUAUAGAUUCGUUGCGGGUGAAUAGCUCUAAAAACACUGGAAGCUUGAAGCGCCUAGAGAGGUCAACGCCCCGUUAUCCAAAUGAUGAAAACGUUUUGUGUGAAAAGAGCAGCGAAGCUGAAAUGGAGGAAGAGGAAGAAUGGCAAAAACCAUGUACUAGAAAAGAUACCAGCCAUAUUUCUGGGCAGUAUUCUGAGCCGCCGACUACUCCAAUUGUUUUCAAAGCAACGCCUAAACUAAUAAACAGAAAGAUUGACUUGCAAAGCAAUAAAGGAAUUAGAUCUAAAGAAGACAGAAUGCGAUUCAAUGCCUACAAAGCGAAAAAUUGGUCAUCUGUAUCUAAAACACUGCCAACCACUGAAAAGUGCAUAACUGAGCUACGAAGGCGUUUUCUAAAUCUUUCUGAUUCAGAAAAGCAGGAUAUUUCUACACCAAAGUCUCGAGGUAAAGAGGUAUACUGUAUUUGUAAGCAGUCAUUCAGGCCGUCAGGCUCUUGCAUGGUUCAAUGCAAUGUGUGCGAAGACUGGUUCCACUCUUCGUGCAUUAAACUGGAGGAUGAAUUUUUGGCAAAUAUGAUACCCCGAUACCACUGCAGCAUAUGCCUAGAGAAGCUAUUUAGAGGUACAGCUCAGCUGGUGAGUCAUUACGAUGACCGAAUAAAUGAUGAUGCUAGCGGAUUAAUAAAACAAGUUUUUGAAGAAUUUGAUUUAUUGGACCCUGCCAUCAAAGCCAUAGUCUGCAAGCAUCUAUUUUUAGACACAGAGAUUAACAGACAUUAUCCAAGCAUUGAUCUUCUUGGUCAUGACCGUGGCAUUACCAACAACAAAAACAACUGCUGGUUGAAUUGCAUUGCACAGGUAAUGUGUGGUACUGGCAUAGCUGACCUAUUAUUUUCGUACGAUGGAAGUAAAGACCUGCCAAUCUCCCAGGCUCUCUUACUUUGUCGUUUGCGGCUAAUGAAAAACCAAAAAGCUCCAUUGAGUUUGCGAAUGGUGGAAGAUGUCGGACUUCAUGCUCAAGGGAAAAGCAGUCAAGGUGAGCGUUUUGAUGCUAGCUCAGGAACUCAAAGAGAUGCAUCAGAAUUUUAUGCAACAAUCAUAACAAAUUACUUGGAAAGUGUCCCAAGUGAAGAAAUGAUUAACGAUCUCCAGUUUGUUUGCUUAGAUCUUCGAUGCUGCUUGAACUGUAAAGGCAUGGCUGGGUCUGUUCAUCGAAACACUAUGUUUAACGUAGCGGUGGUUGACUCCCCUGACCCAGUCAAGCUGACAAACCUUAUAUGGUUGCAACUCAUGGGAAAGCACUACGACGACCCAAGCUACAGUAAAACUGUCUGUCGUGAACAAUGCAAGAACUGUUCCGUUUGGGAAGCAACUGUCAUCCACAAUUUUCCAACGAUUCUAGUGAUCCAGCUGAAGCGUGCAACUUGGCAAGGACGAGGGCGAAUAGUUCAAACACCCGUUGAUAUUGAGAAAGAGCUGGAUCUAGAACAGUACUCUGCAAGAAAAACGCAUUCUAAUCAUGUUUAUAAACUGAAGGCAGCGGUUUCGCAUUAUGCCUAUACUAGUGGAAGUGGACACUACGCAACGCACCUAUUCGAUAAGAAAACGGUCAAGACCUUUGAUGACACUUCAGUAAAAGUAAGAAAUGCAGAUAGCUUUAUGAACCUCCAGACAUUCAAAAAAUCCUGCCAUUUAUUAUUCUUCUUCCUGGAACCUAAAAACAAGAACAACUAUUCACUUUGCGAGGUGCCAACAAUUCCUAGAGCAGAACAACGAUUAGUUGAAAGGUACUGGUUUGGGAUGCUAGAGCCUGCUACGCCGCAGCUCACCGCACACGAUCUCCGCACACUUUGUCAUGGCAUGCCCUUGAAUGGAGAUGUCGUUUCGCAUUUCAUUUUUGCAGCAUCAAGGAUCUUUUCGGAGAGUAACAUACUCGCUACUUCGGGUACCUUCUAUGCAAACUUUUGCAGGAACAGAUUUUCAACGUCUGAGGUCAGCUCGUUUUUAUCGGUAAACGCUAUUAACACUUAUGAUGUCAUUAUUAUCCCGGUAAACUCUGAAGAAUGCCAUUGGGUUGUUGUAGCCAUAUACCCAAAAAGUAAAUGCAUUGUCUUGGCUAACUCAUUGCGACAGUCAGACCAGGGAAGGACAAUCUUUUAUAGAAUUUUGUCUCUGCUAAAACUGUCUGCCGAACUGCACGACGUAUCGUUUUAUCAACAAGAGUGGACCCUUUUAAAUCCAAGAACUUUACAGUUACAAACAGAUGAAUCCUCUUGCGGAGUUUUUGCCUGUAUAAAUGCCUACAACUGUAUGUUUCCUAGCGUUUUCUAUUCUGUCAAUGCACAAAACCUGCUCCUUUUUCGUUACUGGAUCGCACAGAUAGCAUCUUCAUUUCACGAGACAGUGAGUUUGAAACGCCAGUCUUUGCCAGAAAAUGUCAGCGAUGUCGACAUUAAUGUCAUAAGCAAAAACUUACAGAUACGCGAUAGUGUGCCUGGCUAUGGAAAAGUUAAUUUUUUCUUUGUAACGCUUAAGAAAUACGUCGACAGUCGCCAUGAAGCUUCAAAUGAAGAUUAUAGCCUAGAGUCGCAAGCAGUGGACGGCACUCACUCGACUGAUGAUUCGAUUUAUCUUGAACAGCAGGAAGUCGAGAAAAAAUUGACGUCGUUGCAGCACUUAAAAAAAACAGUUUUGAAGCGUUUAGUAUUAAACCUGAAGACAGGGAAUGAGAGAUACAUGGUAUUGGCAUUUUUUGGGAAGGAAAAACUCAUUUCUCUUUUUAAGAGAGAGCUGCGCUUCUUAGGGCAAUUGGUAACAGAUGUAGAUAUGGAGCUGUUGAAAGGAGCGCUUUAUAAAAUGUUUUGUAACGAAGUACCAGAACAUGAGUAUUUCGGUGUAUCCCUACCAACAGUCAGCUGCAUGAGAUAUGGGUUGACAUCUGUACAGUUUAUUGAUUAUAUCAUCCUGCCAGAUUUACUUUGUCUGGACUAUAUGGAUACCAAAGGAACAACAUAUGAAGAGGCGGUGAGAAGAUCAUGUGGUGAAAAUGGUUCCCGGCUGACUGUCUAUUGGAAUCAUGCAUUAUGUGCUGAUUCAACAGUGAAAGUCCGAAGAACCCUUUCCAACAAUUGCCAAAUACAAGGUGUAUUGAACGAGUUGCAAAAUGAGCGGGUUAACUGUAUAGUCGCUGAGGUGAAUGAUGUUCUGCAACCUAUGAAAAAGAAUUCGGAGAAGGUAUUAAGUAGAGCAGGCAUGACGAAUUUAUCACCUUUUGAGGAAAACAACAAAUUUGUUGAUGGGUGCAUGGUUUGCAAACCAGGGGAUCUCAAAUGCGACAAACUCGUUCUAACAAGAGCUGUAGAGCCCAGUUGUCGUUCUGGAGUGCCGAAGUCUAUGGACGUCAUGAACUGUAUGGUGGAAAGAAUUUUGCUAGAAACAACGAAGACUAACGAAGCAUCAGUAGCAAUUCCGUUACUAUGCCAACAUCAAACAAAAGAAGGCAAUUGCGACACAGCUGCAAAGCAAGUAGAAUACAUUUACCGCUAUAUUCGCAACUUCGAGAUGAGCCCUUUGUUGGUCGUAAGGCUAGUUGCAGAAACAGCAGAUGAGCUUGAAUUAAUAAAGAAAAUAAUUAUACAACAAGAGUAAGACUAAGACUUUAUAGUUUUUCCCGUAGUCUUUUGUUGCAUCUGGUGAUAUAAUCUAGUCUGCCACGUAGGAAAGUUAAAAUAUUUAACCUUUUAAAACUCUGUUCGCCUUCACUCUUCUUUAAAGAAAUGUUUAGAGAAUUGGUCAUUAUUUUCCCUGUAGCUAUUCAAUGCACACAAAGCAACUUCUUCAAGUAACCAUUGUUAGGUAGAGUUACUCAGAGAUACAGUAAAAGAAAAGAGUUUAUAUACGAUUGAAAAUAUAUACGAUUAUAAUGUUUGAUUUAAUUCUUUUUUUAAAUAUUAAUGUAUUUUAACCAAAAUGUUUAUUAGUUUAUGUAAAUGCGGUAACUAAGCCUUGUUUUAUAGUUAGUUUUAUAUAUAAUUCCCAGUUUUGUUACGUUUUGUAUAUAAUUAUAAUAGAUACAUUAGUACAAACAAUUUAAAAUUUGGGUAAGGGCCAUCUCGGCCUACGUACUUAUAUUAUAAAAAGCGAUCAGAUUGAAAAAUCUUUUUCCCACUUACUAGUUUCAGAUUGGACGAUCACUGACCUCUUUGUUAUUCUGAAGAGUUUAAUCUCCCCACCCCGACCAUCAUUAUUUUGUACCGCAAAACUUUAACUGUUUUACAAAUUUUUUUAAAAGAGUCGGAGAAAAAAAGAAAGAGACAUUUCCAUGGCACACAAUUUUUAACGUUAAUUCGACAUAUAAUGAUGAUUUUUACUUUCAUUGUUUUUACGAUCUUCUUGUUACUUUCAGCAAGCUUCAUAUUUCAUGUUGCUUCAAAAAAUGUUGUUAGAAAUGCUGCUGUUCUGUUAUUAUUUUUUAAACUGUUCUCUUGAAAUUUGUUUUUUUUCGUUUUUUACUGCCUAAAUGAAAUACUGGAUUUGCUCUUCUUCCGACACGGAGGGGCCUUACUGACAUAGGUUUGGCAAUGGUGUCCCUAUGGCCGGGAAUCUGGGGAUGGAAAAAUAUUGGCAAUGGUAUCCCUGUGGUCGUUUGGUAUCCCUGUGGUACCGCGAAUCUGGGGAUGAAAAGUACUGCCUAGGCCAACAAGCACCAUUGGAAACAAAGUGGUAGAAAAGUGGCAUUUAACUAGUAGAAAUUGACGGAGAACCGCAUAUUGCUACACAUUCUCUCGAAUUAUUGUCAUUUUGACACAUCUCAUGCUGUUUUUCGACCCAUAUUAUACAAAACGCGAAUCUGGGGAUGAAUCUGGGGAUGGAAAAUACGCAUGCCUAGGCCCGCUAAAAACAUCAAAAAUAAAUUGGCAGGAAAAAAAUUUUAUCGAGUGGAAAUAGAAAGGAAACUCUGGAAAUAACGUAUUUUCAUGCCAAUCAUUGUCAUUUCGAUACAUUUCGAGCAGUACAAGCAAGUUUUCGAAUCUGGGGAUGAAUCUGGGGAUGAAUCUGGGGAUGAAUCUGGUGCUGAAUGGUA